AUGAAACUAAAUGGCUGGAUUUCAUUCAUAUUGAGUAAUAGAGAAUGUGUAGUAUUGCAAUUCAAUAAUGGAAUAUUUAUGAAUCAAGGAUUUGUGGUCAGUGAGCAGAAAGUGUUGAAAGUGUUUGGAAAUCAUCAAAUUGGUGAUAUUUCAUAUAAUGAAGAACAAUCCAUAGAAGUAGUAAAAGAAGGAAUUGUGGAUUUGGAUCAUGGAAGUCGAUUUGAAGGAUUGGUAUUGACAGAAAACAAGUUUGGAAUUCCAUUUGGAUAUGGUGAAAUGUAUGAUGAUGAUGGAUUCUUGGUGUACAAGGGUAUAAUGAUCAAUUGGAAACGAUUUGGCUAUGGAACGAGUUAUCAUUAUAAUGGUUUGAUUGAAUAUGAAGGAUAUUGGUGUGAUGAUAAGCGAUUUGGAAUUGGAAAAGUGUAUGAUCGAUAUGGUAAAUUAGUGAAUGAAUGUGAAUGGUCUAAUGGAAUUGAAAGGAAUAUUGAAUAUGAAGGAAAUGGCUCAGAACCACUGAAUAUCGGAAUGAAACACUUGAAACUGAGUGACCAUUGUAUAUUAGUUGAUUGGGAUGUUUCAUUGUUGUAUAAUUUGGAAUCAAUCGAAAUCGGUAAUGAUUGUUUUGAAUCAGUGCAAACAUUCAAAAUCGAUGGAUUGAAUCGAUUGAAAACUAUCAAAAUCGGAAACAGUUCAUUUGCUGUAUUGGAGAAAUAUGGCUUGAUAUUUAAUAGAGAAAAAAACAAAUCGAAAUCAUUCCACAUAUUGAAUUGUGAAUCAUUGAAAUCCAUUCAAAUUGGUGAUUAUAGUUUCAGUGAUUUUGCUGGAGACUUUGAAUUGAAGAAUCUACCACAAUUACAAUCUAUUCAAAUUGGAAUAAUUGGAAGUAAAUCACGUAAUUUCCAUGAUAGUUCAUUUGUGAUUCGAGGUAUUGAUAUGAUAUUGUAUAUUUGA